UGAACUCAAGAUGGGAGCGAAGUCGAAGCAGAGCAAGUCCGCGGCGAAGUUGGCACCUGCGGCCAACCUUUCCAAAGGUUCAGGUGGGCCUAAGAAUGGUGGUGGACGUAAAGACAGCGGAAAUGGUAACUCUGCCAAGCCGCAACACGGUAACAAACCACAAGGAGCAAAUAAGGUGGCCAACAACGUCUCGGGUCCACAAGACUCCAAGUCACAUGGACAGGGCAAGAACAAUGGUGUGAAGCAUCAUCAAGGUAAUAAGCUACAAGACAGUGACCGUGGUGCCACGCCACAGCGUGGUAAAAAGAUACAAGGAGAUGGGAAUGCGUUGCAACACAAGUCGACUGAAAAGCAAGAUGUAAAGAGAAACUUUGCUCACACAGGCAGGAAGCCACAUCAAGCACACACUGCUAAGCAUAUAAAAAAGCCGUAUGCGGACAAGCGCGACAAUGAGGCUGAAGAGAUCGAAAAGCCCAACGAAAAGCUCAGCGCCAUGUUGAAAUCGAUGAAGGACCAGUCUAUUGCAUGGCACGAAGCAGUUAAACCGCUUUCGAAUGAAGCAAAAGACCAGAUCAAACACAAAGCUGCCGACGCCGUCGUGGAAGAGAAGAAGCGGAUCGCCGAACGCUUGAUGGAGGCCGAGUUGAAAGCGGUCGAGUCCAAAGGCAGUUUGUCUAGCGAUGAAAAGUACUUGAAGACUAUGAUCAAGUCGGGUACGUUGGCCGAUCGAAUCGCUGCCACGACGCUGUCGAUCCAGGCAUCACCAGUGCACAACUUGGCGCGUUUGAGUCAACUGGUGACGAUGGCCAAGAACAAAGGCCGUCGAGAGGCGCAGAUGGCGAUCGAUUCCCUCAAGGAUCUAUUUCUGAACAACUUGCUUCCCAACCGCAAGCUCCUCUUCUUUCAUCAGCGUCCGAUCCACCGCUCCGACGUUUCGCAGGAGCAUCUCGUCAUUUGGUACUUUGAGCACUGCGUCAAGGUCGCGUACGCCCAACUGAUCUCUGCGCUCGCGUCUGGCAUGGACGACGCCAUUGAAGCACACAAGCGCGCGUGCAUCCGCGCCGUGAUCGCACUCCUGACCGACAAACCCGAACAGGAAAACGUGUUGCUCACGAUGCUCGUCAACAAAUUGGGCGACCCCGACCGAAAAGUCGCGUCGUUUGUGCUGCACCAACUGCAGGAAUUGCUCAAAGUGCAUCCACUCAUGAAGCGCGUGGUUGUCGACGACGUUGAGCGCCUGCUCACUCGCGCCAAGGUGACCGAACGAACCAAGUACAACGCAGUGCUGUUUUUGAACCAAAUGUACCUGAGUGUGAGCGACGCCGACUUGGCGACCCACCUGAUCAAGGUGUACUUUGGGCUGUUUUCGAAGGAAGUGCACCGCGACCAAGGCAAAGCCGACACGGGGCUCGAACGCAAGCUCCUCAGUGCGCUGCUGGUGGGGGUGAACCGAUCGUUUCCAUAUGCCAAGUGCACGUCCGCUGACUUUCAAGAUGAGAUCGACACCAUGUUCCGCGUCGUCCACACGGCCCACUUUAGCACGAGUGUGCAAGCGCUCAUGCUGUUGUUCCAAGUGAUGAACUCAACCAACUCGGUGCCCGAUCGAUUUUACACGGCACUGUACGCCAAGAUGUUUGACCCAAAGCUGCGCACCACAUCGAAGCACACACUGUUCCUCAACCUGCUCUUCCGCGCCAUCAAACAAGAUGUGUCCCCUGCCCGCGUCCACGCCAUGAUCAAGCGGCUUCUUCAAGUGUCGCUGACGAUGUCGCCUGCGUUCUGCUGCGCCGCGCUCUUCCUGGUGUCCGAGUUGCUGCAGCACAACAAGAGUUUCCGCGCCCUGAUUGACCAGCCCGAGCACGACCUAACGCAAGAUGACGUUGCCGUUGCUGCAAAGAACGAGACCAAGUCGGACGACGAAGACGGCUCUGAACAAAGUUCGGAUGAAGAAAAUCAAGACGAUGCUGAAGACGCCGACUUGGAGGCCGAGCGCAAACGCAGCGCAGCGUUGUUGAAAUCGAUGGGGCUCGACGUCGCGGAAGAAGAACGGGCGGUUGUGAAGCCCCCCCUUGUGGAGAACCCAACGCCGUACGAUCCGCGAAAGCGGAACCCGCUGUAUGCCGGGGCCGAAGCAUCCUGUUUGUGGGAACUCCAGCCAUUUUUGGUGCACUACCAUCCGUCUGUGGCGCAAUUUGCCAAGCAACUGGUGGACGGUGCGAUCUCGUACAAGGGCGAUCCGCUGAAUGACUUCACCCUGUCGGUGUUUUUCGACAAAUUUGUGAACAAAAAGCCCAAGACCAAAGACGGCCCGCAUCGAUACAACGGCAGUCGCGGCGACAACGACGCGAACGCUGUCGUGAGUGUCGACUCGGACCAGUUCCUGGCCCAGGACGAAGCGGCUGUUGCGGAAACCGAUCGAUUCUUCUACACGUUUUUUAAGGAGCGCGCCAAGCGCGUGCCUGCCAAGCCGAAGAAAGUCAAGGACGACGCAACGGGCGACGCCUUGGCGUCCGACGAGGACGAAGAGUACGAAGCGUUUGCGAACCAGUUGGCUGAGAGCAUCAUGGAAGACAACGACGACGAAGACCCAGACAUGGACGACUGGAGCGACGAGAAUGGCGACGAUAGUGGAAGCGGUGACGACGAAGAAGAGGACGUCGGUCACGUCGGCUCUCGUGCCGACAUGAACGACGAAGACAUGAUGUUUGACGACGAUGAGGACGACGACAUGGACGAUGAUGAUGCUGACGACAUGCAAUUUGGUGAUGACGAUGCUGAAGAAGAUGACGAGGAAGCUGCCGCCGCGCCAGCGAAGAAGGGAAAGAAACGAGGAGCGGAGACACGCAAGUCGCCGUUUGCAGAUGCUGACGCAUACUUGGAAGCGAUUGAACGGGGCGAGCGGGAAGAAGCUACGAAGCAAAACCAGUCGCCGUCGAGGCCAUUCAAGAAGCGAAAAUAGACCACCAUAGCUCGGUGUAUAUAACUCGUCGAUGCCUCAGUCCCUUAAUCAUAUUCUCCUCUGCACA